GGGGCGAAAUUGAUCGGAAAUGAUAUUUUAAUUCGAUAGUUUCAUUAUCCAUUUAAUUGUUACCACCUGUGUCUGAUGUCGUCUAUGACCUUCGGCCAAAAAAAAUUCACGCCCACCGCUCCAGGCAAAGGAAGUUUUCCACUAGAUCACGACGGACUCUGCAGGAAACUGAUGGUGAAAUAUAUGAAAUGUCUGCAUACUAACAAAAACGAUAAUUCCGUCUGUCGAGAAGUUGCCAAAGAGUAUUUGGGCUGCCGAAUGGAAAAUAAUCUUAUGCACAAGGAAGAUUGGUCCAAACUAGGUUUUUCUGAUUUGGAGAAAAAGUCUUCCUAAAAUGGUCAAAAUUUUGAUUGGAUGCACCGGGAGUGUUGCUACUAUCAAACUACAUAACUUACUUGAGUCUAUUUCACUUGGUUUUGGUUCAAAAACAGAAGGUAUUUGCGAUAACCUACUCACUUGCGUUGUGCGAGCUUGGGACUUGAACAAGCCUCUCAUAUUCUGCCCGGCGAUGAACACUAGAAUGUACCAGC